AUGUCUUUAACACGCCGUGGCUCCUCAAUGGAUCAGUACGAGGAGUGGAACAGAGACCGGUCCUCAUCUAUGGGCUCGCGGAGGAAGCUCUCUUUCAACCCUGUUGGGCAAUGGGUGCCGCCGGCCGCACACGAAGAACCACUUGGAGCAUUUGAGGUUUCAAAGGCAAAGCGAAUAGUACAAGUCUUCGCCGCCGUGAUAUACUGCCUUCUCGCUGCAGGCGUCGUCUUUGGAUAUGCCGCCCUCAAACCCGUACUCAUCAGCGAGGGCGUAUACCGCAACAGAUGUACUCAGGAAGAGCUAGACAAAGAUGUACGGGUAUGCUAUGAGCAGGAGAUACGGCUCAACCUGAUGUUCACGGUUGCCGCUGUCUCCACCAAUGUCUGCGCCCUCCCCGUCGGCACGCUCCUCGACCGCUACGGCCCACGCGUGUCAGGCAUAAUCGGCGUCUGCUUCUUGACGCUCGGCUCGCUCUUCUUCGCCUUCGCGUGGGACCUCCCCUUCGACGGCUACAUUCCCGGCUACCUCUUCCUCGCGCUCGGCGGCCCCUUCGCGUUCAUCUCCUCCUUCCAGCUGUCGAACACAUUCCCGCAGUACUCGGGCCUGAUAUUGGCGCUCCUGACCGGCGCCUUCGACACCAGCAGCGCGGUAUUCCUCUUCUACCGCCUCAUCUACCAGGCCACGGAUGGCUCAUUUUGGCCCAAGAAGUUCUUCCUCGCGUACCUCGUCGUACCAGCCUACAUCCUCAUUGUGCAGGUCUUCCUCAUGCCCUCCCAGUCCUACAAAACCGUUGGCGAGCUCGUAACCGUAGCCGAAGACGGCACACACGACCAGCAUGACUCCGACGAAGAGAUCGAAGAUCCAGCAGAAAUACAGCGCAUACGUGACGAGCGGCGCGUGCGGCGCGAGAGCGUCAUAUCGGAGAUUACAGAACUGCUGGGCAGCAAGGACGGCACGAAGCAGUCCGAGCAAGAAGAGAAGAAGAAGAACAUCUCCGGCGUGUGGGGUGCGCUGCACGGCCGCACCGCGUGGGAACAGAUCAAGUCGCCGUGGUUCGUGCUCGUGACGUUAUUCACGGUCGUGCAGAUGACGAGGAUCAACUACUUUGUUGCGACUAUCCGGCCGCAGUAUGAGUACCUACUUGGCGACUAUGAGAAGGCUGUGCAGGUUAAUUCGUUCUUUGACGUCGCACUGCCGCUUGGUGGAGUCAUCAGCGUGCCCUUCAUUGGAUUGGUUUUGGAUAACACUAGCACGCCUUUCGUGCUGUCUUUGCUCGUUAUCAUCGCGACCACUAUUGGUGUCCUCGGCGUCAUACCGGAGAUGUGGGCUGCGUAUGCGAAUAUCUGCCUUUUCGUGAUUUACCGUCCACUGUAUUACACAACGGUUUCCGACUACGCCGCCAAAGUCUUCGGCUUCGCCACCUUCGGCAAAGUCUACGGCCUAAUCAUCUGCCUGGCCGGCCUGUUCAACUUCUCGCAAUCGGCGUUCGACGCCCUGACGCACAAGGUCUUUGACAACAAUCCCAUCCCCGUCAAUGUCAUCUUGCUAAGUCUUGCGUUACUUGUUGGUAUUGCGCUCGUCGGCUAUGUCUGGUUCAAGGCGAGAAGCAUGCACAGGAAGCAGCUGGAGAUAGAGGCGGAGGGCGCGAGGGAGCAGCUCAUGCCGCAGGAACAGUUGAUGCCUGAGGCGAAUGGAUAUGGCACCAAUCAGUGA